AUGGUGGCCGAGUGUGGCCACCAGCUGCUGGAGGGUGUUUGCACACCACCCAGCACACUGCAAAUCUUUCUGCUCAUGCGACGUCGCAGCGGACGGCGCAUUCCCACUGCCAUUUGGCAGAUCAUUUUGGAGUAUCUCAGUGAUGUGCGCUACGUAUCGAAGAUGUUGGGUGCAGUGGUUAACCACUUUGGAUCUGGAGGACCAGGCCAGCAGUUGCUGCGAGCAUGGCAAGUCAUGGACAAUUUGGGACAACGUGUUGCGGCUACAACUGCUGUGAUGGACAUGACCCAGUCGCAGAUCUUGUCUCAUUCUUUGGCUCGUGUAGGACAGUGGUUGAGCAGUGGUUGCGAUCUACCCCUUUUGGUUGAUGAUUAUAUAAACUUGUAUUAUCCAAUAUAA